AGAGGUUAAGAUGGACAAAGUUGACGUUAGCUUUGAUAGCCUUUGAUAGCAUUUUGUAACUGACCGCUGUGAAUUCAUUACGCGACGUUAUAACUUCUCUGUCUGGCCGCGUUAACAAAGACGUGACAGGCUACGUCUUAAUGUAAUGUAUGAAUAAAGCGAGGCUUAUUAGUCAUUGGCAGUUUUCAUUUGCGUUAGCAGGCUAAUGCAUUUUUUUUUUACAUAUCGGAAGUAAAGUAAUGUUUACAUCUGCAUCAACUCUCGCGAGAACCGGUUGAGCGACAUUCUUUGGGAACUGUUGCCGCGGUUACGGAACCUACUAAGGUUUCUUUUUUCAUUUCGCUACAGAACAGAGCACAGUGCUAACUACAGUGCUUUAGUGUUGUGGUAAGCUUUUGCCCUUAAUUCUACUACAUGUUUAGCCUGUUUAGCCGGUUUGUUUCAUAUCCGGGUGAUAACGUUUUGAGGAGGGGCUUAUUUGGCGGCGCAACUUCCUGCGCGGCAAAAUCAAGAGCGCGCCAAGAAACUGGAGCAGAAGCAGUUAUUGCUGUCUCUUUGUCUGCAGCUACUUAGUCUUUAGUCUGCACAAAUUAUUUAGCGUGCUUUAGGUUUUUUUUUUCUUUCUUUGAACUCUAAACUAUUUGACAACAUGCCCGCCCUAGAGGUUACAGACGCGUCUGCAGUUUCUCCAUCAAAGAAGGCAAGGAUUGAAACAAAAGAAGAAAGACCAGUCCUUAAAUUUGCCAAACUCUCUGAGCAUGCCACUACACCUACCAGGGGCUCAUCUAAAGCAGCAGGAUAUGACCUUUACAGUGCAUACGAUUACACCAUUGGUCCCAUGGAUAAGGCCAUUGUGAAGACAGACAUUCAGAUAGCAGUUCCACAUGGCUGCUAUGGGAGAGUGGCACCGAGAUCCGGACUGGCGGCAAAGCACUUCAUUGAUGUCGGUGCUGGAGUUGUAGAUGAGGACUACAGAGGAAAUGUGGGCGUUGUGCUCUUCAACUUCAGCAAGGAGACGUUUGAAGUGAAGAAAGGUGACCGAGUGGCACAGCUGGUGUGUGAGAGGAUCUGCUACCCAGAUCUGAUGGAACAAGAGACACUUGAUGAGACAGAACGUGGUGCUGGAGGUUUUGGAUCCACUGGACGCAACUGAAAGCUUCUAAGAGAGUUACGUCAUAUUAUAUAUGUUUAGUGUUUAGUGUUCAGUGUUCAAAUAAAGACAAUAUUUUGUA